GCAGGGCGAGGCCUCUGGGGGGCGAAGGGCCGCUCUGCGGGGAGAGCGCCGCGCGCCCGGCCCGGCGGGCCCGGGCCGGCGCCGCCCAUGGCUCUGGCGGCGGCGCCCGGGCAGGUUAGCGUAGAGGACAUGAUGCGCCUUCAGUCGCAGCUGGAUCAGGUGAAGGAGCGGCUCGACUUCAUCAGUCCGAUGCUGCCCCUGGUCAAUUUCGUGCAGGACUACUUCCAGAAGGUGGAGUGCGAGGCCUCGAUGCAGCUGAGGCGGCUCCGGAAUGCCCAGACCCACAAGCGCCCGGAGCGCGACGACGAGGUCAGCAACGCCCAGCUGGAGACCGUCAAGUGGCUCCACUUCGUGACCGAGACGGUCAUGGCGCUGCAGGGGGGUGCCCUGCUCUACGCUGGGGGCGCGGCGGCCGCGGGCGGCGGGCGCGGCGGCCGCGAGCCCCAGGCGUCGCAGUCGCUGCCGGCCGGGUCCGCGCAGGGCAGCGUGCCGGGCAGCCGGGAGAUCCGGGAUGCUGAGCCCGGCCAGCGCUGUGACGCCGCUCGGGCCGUCGCCGCUCGGGAGCCGCGAGAUGGAGGUCGGCGGCGGCCACCUCAUCCCCGGGGCCGCGCUGGCGCUCUUUCCCGGCUCCUCGACGGGGCCCUCCACGGCGCCACUGCCCCAGCGGGCCCUCCGGUCGCCCGGGGAGCGCGAGACGCUGCCGGCCGCCUCCAUGUCCGCCCGCACAGGCGAGCGGGAACCCCGGCGGGGGCCCGGCGCGGACGCCCUCGAGCGGGAGCUCCCGGCGCCCGCCGGCGACGGGGGCGGCGCCUUCGCGACGCUCCUGGGCGAGGGGCCGCCGGCGCCGCCGCGCACCGGCGCGACCUCCUUCACGCAGGGGCACGUGGGCAGGACGACGCCGGACCGGGGCAGCCGCGCGAGCGGCGCGCCGCCGCCCGCCGGGGGCCCCGUGCAUUCGCAGGCGGCCAGCGCCAGCGGCGGCGGCGGGUUCCUGCUGACGUCCUCGGCGGAUCUCGCUGGGGCGCCCGCGAGGUUCCAGGGCGGCGACCGCCCCGUCUCGCCGCCGCUCGCCGCGCGGAGCCCGCCCGACGACGGCGAGCCCUUCGCGGAGCCCGCGACGGGCUCGGACGUGCUGGUGCUCGGCAAGGGCUCCUGGGCCUCCGCCUACCGGCGGGCGUCCGGGCCCAGGAGAGGGACGCCCUUGCGCUGCUCUGCUCCAGCGGCAUCGUGACCGCGCGCGAGCUCAGCGACGACCUCACCGUCAUCAGCGAGGACAUCGACGAGUGUGUGGAGAUCGCCCGGGAGAUGCUGCAGACGUGGCCGAUGGACAUUCGACAUGUGGGCCAAGCAGCCGAUGGAGGCGAAGAAGUUUUUCGAGGCGAGGCUGACUGCACUGUACCAGCGCAAGUUUGGCGAGAAGGUGGUGCAGCACUGAGCGUGCCAGCCGGCAGCCCGCGGCCCUCGCGGCAGAUCGGGGACUCUGUGGGUGGGCAUUGCGCCUUUCGUUGUUGAGCCGAUGCGCGACGUGCGCAUCGCAAAUGUUCCUUGCUACGACUGUCCGAUGUUCCAGAGCGUGCCGAACGCGUGGCCUUUUGCCCGCGGCAUCGAGUUCGGCAUCCGCGCACGCGCACCAUUUUUUCACUGCAGGGUGAGUAGCUCAUUGGCGCCGCUUCGACCGGGAGAAACGACGUGGCGCAAAAGUUGAUACGCAUACCAAAA